GAAAUUGGCGAAUUUCAGAGGGUGAAGUCCUGGAAAACGGCAUUAGGUCGAAAAAUGUAUAGGAAAAAUGUUGUUUUUUACGAGAUUUUCUAUAAGGAUUACCCAGUACGCUUUCGAGACAUAUUCAGUACCCACGAUGAUAAUUCUGGCAACACUGACUGCGACAUUGUUCGUCUUUCACGAACGACGGAAUGUAAACAUGUUUGCUAUCACAAUUUAAUAAAUAUAACUUGUUGAAUAGAUAAACCACAUUUUGUAAUUCGAUAACGAUACAGUCCGUGAUUUAUUUAGGCAUAACAUUGUAUUGUAUAAUAUGGGAGACAACAUGCAGUUUAUUGGGAAAGUAGUACUUAUCACUGGGGCCAGUUCAGGAAUAGGGGCUGCUACGGCUCAGCAUUUUGCUAAGUUAGGAGCCAGCUUAGCUUUGACUGGUCGCAAUAAAGAUAAUCUCCAAAAAGUGGCAACCGAAUGUUCAAAAAUUGGAGCGAAAAAGGAACCUCUUCUUUUAAUUGCAGAACUAACAAACGAAGAUCAGACAAAAGCGAUUGUUGAUGAUACAGUCAUCCACUUUGGAAAACUAGAUGUUUUAGUAAAUAAUGCAGGGAUAAUAGAGACCGGUUCUAUCGAAAACACCAAUCUAGCUCAGUAUGACAGACUCAUGAACACUAAUGUCAGAUCCGUUUAUCAAUUAACAAAUUUAGCUGUUCCUCACCUCAUCGCAACGAAAGGAAAUGUUGUCAACGUGAGCAGCGUAAAUGGAAUACGAGCAUUUUCUGGCGUUUUGGCCUAUUGUAUGUCAAAAGCAGCUGUUGAUCAAUUUACCAGAUGCACUGCGUUAGAAUUAGCACCCAAACAAGUUCGGGUAAAUGCUGUCAAUCCAGGUGUGGUUUUGACGGAAUUACAGAAACGAGGUGGCAUGAAUCAAGAACAAUAUGAAGCUUUCCUCAAAAGAUCACAAGAAACACAUGCUCUAGGAAGACCUGGAAAUCCAGAAGAAGUUGCGAAAACAAUUGCUUUUUUGGCAAGUGACUCCGCUAGCUUUAUCACUGGAGCGAGUUUGCCUGUUGAUGGGGGCAGGCAUGCAAUGUGUCCCAGAUAGAUUUCCAUUCAUCUACUUGUACUAUGUUGUUGGCUUAAUAUAUACAUGUUCUUUAUUUUAUAAUCUA